AUGCUCGUAUCGAGGAAAGCAAAUAGACAUCAGAACACAAUGGAGCGGACGUGCAUCCGCCUUGCGAUCUCCGCGCCCGCGGUCGCCGCCGCCGGUUGUUAUAAAACUGUAAAACUCGAUUGCACCGGCGCGAACAGCAGAGCGUGCCGGCACACAAAUCGGCGCGGCGCUCGCCGGAGAAAGUUUACCCGUUAUUCAGCCGCGAAGCCAUCGGCGGUGUUGAUGCACGUGUUGGACGCGUCGCUCUAUCCGACGAACAGGUGUGGCUGUAAACGGUGCUUGCUUACG